AUGUAUGGUAUAUCCAUAGGCAAAUUGCAGAGCAUACUCCCGCCUACAACAAAUAUACCCGAGGCAUAUAGACAUGGCUUUAAUGAAGAACAAGUAGUACUUAUACAGAACUUGGCACUGUUCUUUACUUUAUUUUAUGAGGGCAUGCUUACGGAAAUGGCCUAUCUGCAGGUCACCAAAAUACUUUUGUUUGUUUAUAUGUUUUACCAUGCUUACUUGCACUUUGACCAGUGCGAAGUUGGUGAAAAAAGAACUUUGGCAGCAAGAAUAGAAAGAUUCUCUAGACCAAAACUCCAAAGUUCAAGGGCAUUUGAAGAGGAAGGUGUAUGA